AUGGCACGAGGAAGAGGAAGGACUCUGAGGAUUAUGUUCCUGUUGACACUCUGUCUGCAAGACUUCACUGGUCAAUGCCAAGUUUCAGGGCCCCCCUCUAACCUGAGGAUAGUUCUGGUGGGGAAGACUGGAGCAGGGAAGAGUGCAACAGGAAACACCAUCCUGGGGAGCGAUGCCUUUAAAGAAGAUGCCUCCUUUGUGUCUGUAACUGAAAAAUGUGAGAAACAGAGUGGAGAGGUGGAUGGGAGGAUGAUUGAUGUCAUCGACACCCCGGGGCUCUAUGACACAACAAUGUCUAAAGAAGAGAUGAAAAGUGAAAUAGAAAAGGCCAUCUACAUGUCAGUCCUAGGACCCCACGCCUUCCUGCUGGUGAUCAGACUGGGGAGGUUCACAGAGGAAGAGAGGAACACUGUGAAGUGGAUCCAGGAGAACUUUGGAGAAGAAGCCUCAAAGUACACCAUCAUUCUGUUCACUGGUAAAGAUCAGUUGAAGGGGAAAACAGUUGAGGAGUGUCUGAAUCCUUGUGUUGCACUUCAGGAACUGAUCAAAAGUUGUUUGGGAAGGUACCAUUGUCUCAAUAAUGAUCAGAGGGAUGACCGUCUUCAGGUCAGAGAGCUGCUGAGGAAGAUAGAAGAGAUGGUGGAUAUGAAUGGGGGAGAGCACUACACCAAUGAGAUGUACCAGGAGGUUCAGAGGAAAUUGAGAGAGGAGGAAGAGAGAAAGAAACAGGAGAUGGAGGAAGAGAAGAGGAGAAGGGAGGAGGAGAUACAGGAGCAAGAAAGGAGGAGACAGGAGGAAGAAAAGAGGAGACGGGACAGAGAAAAUAUGAAGAAAGGGUUGACCGUAACAGGGUUGACCAUGCUGGGUUGA